AUGGAGGCCGUCGAGGCAGGUGCACGGGCCACAUUCGGAGUCUGGGACUACGUGGUCUUCGCGCUCAUGCUGCUAGUGUCCACUGGCAUCGGACUGUGGGUCGGGUUGGCUCGCGGUGGGCAGCGCAGCGCUGAGGACUUCUUCACCGGGGGCCGGCGCCUGGCAGCUCUGCCGGUGGGCCUCUCGCUGGCCGCCAGCUUCAUGUCGGCGGUGCAGGUGCUGGGCGUGCCGGCCGAGGCCUACCGUUAUGGCCUUAAGUUCCUCUGGAUGUGCCUGGGCCAGGCGCUCAAUUCCUUGCUAACUGCCACGAUCUUCCUGCCGGUCUUUUACCGCCUGGGCCUCACCAGCACCUACGAGUACCUCGAGCUGCGCUUCAGCCGCGCUGUGAGGCUGUGCGGGACCGUGCAGUACCUAGUGGCCACGACGCUGUACACCGGCAUCGUGAUCUAUGCCCCCGCACUCAUCCUGAAUCAAGUGACGGGACUGGAUAUCUGGGCGUCCCUCCUAUCCACUGGAAUUAUCUGCACCUUCUACACGGCUGUGGGUGGCAUGAAGGCCGUGGUUUGGACUGAUGUGUUCCAGGUCAUAGUGAUGCUGUCUGGCUUCUGGGUUAUCCUGGGCCGUGGUGCCACGCUCGUGGGUGGGCCCCAGCAUGUGCUCCAGUUUGCCCAGAACCACUCCCGGAUCAACCUGAUGGACUUUGACCCUGACCCACGGAGACGCUAUACAUUCUGGACAUUUGUGGUAGGCGGAACUUUGGUUUGGCUCUCAAUGUAUGGUGUGAACCAAGCACAGGUGCAGCGCUAUGUGGCCUGCCGCACAGAGGGGCAGGCCAAGCUGGCCCUGCUCAUCAACCAGAUGGGCCUGUUCCUGAUCGUGUCCAGCGCUGCUGUUUGUGGCAUUGUCAUGUUCGUGUUCUACAGUGACUGUGACCCUCUCCUCACAGGGCGCAUCUCUGCCCCAGAUGAGUACAUGCCCCUGCUGGUGCUGGACAUUUUUGACGACCUGCCUGGCGUCCCUGGGCUUUUCCUGGCCUGUGCCUAUAGUGGCACUCUCAGCACAGCAUCCACAAGCAUCAACGCCAUGGCUGCGGUCACUGUAGAAGACCUCAUCAAGCCGCGGCUGCCAAAUCUGGCGCCUAGGAAACUUGUGAUUAUCUCCAAGGGGCUUUCAAUCAUCUAUGGAUCGGCCUGUCUCACGGUGGCAGCUUUGUCCUCCUUGCUGGGAGGUGGUGUCCUCCAGGGCUCCUUCACCGUCAUGGGAGUCAUCAGCGGCCCCCUCCUCGGCGCCUUCGUCCUGGGAAUGUUUAUGCCUGCCUGCAACACACCGGGUGUCCUCUCUGGGCUGGGCGCGGGUGUGGCGCUCUCACUGUGGGUAGCCUUGGGUGCCACGCUGUACCCGCCCAGCGCACAGACUAUGGGGGUCUUGCCGUCAUCGGCUGUCCGCUGCGUGGCCCCCUCAGCCAAUGCCUCUGGCCUCCUGGACCCGCUCCUCCUUGCUGCCAACGCCUCCAAUAGGUCCCCCAGCUCAAGAAUGGAUCUCAGCCAACCUGCCUUAGCUGAGAGUUUCUAUGCAAUCUCCUACCUCUAUUAUGGUGCCCUAGGCACUUUGACUACCUUGCUGUGUGGUGCCCUUGUCAGCUGCCUGACAGGCCCCACCAAACGCAGUGACCUGGGCCCUGGCUUGUUGUGGUGGGACCUUGUACGGCAGACGGCAUCAGUGGCCCCUAAGGAGGAAGUGGCAGUCCUGGAUGACAGCUUAGUAAAGGGUCCUGAAGAACUCCCUCCUGGAACUAAGAAGCCCCCUGGAUUUCUGUCCACCAAUGAGGACCAUGUGGUCUUCCUGGGGCAAAAGGAGAUGGCGGGGGUCAGUUCGUGGACCCCCCACAGUGGAAGUGAUGGUAACGACCCACAGGAGACAAACCUCUGA